AUGUCUUCAAAAGCAAAGAAAGGAAAGAAAAAACCCAAAUCCAUUAACGAUGUAACCAAAAGCAAAGACACACUAACUAAUAAAAAAAUACACGCCUAUUUCACCAAUGAAGAAAUCACGGAACUCAAAUCCAUCAUGAAAAUGAAGGACGUGGUAGGAGUCCCUUUCGUUAUUGCCGCCACACUCCUCUAUAAACUCGACCUAAUGAAAAAACUCCUCAAAGACGGAUACAACGUCAACCAAACCGGUCAGAACAACAUGACGGCCCUCUUGUGGGCCAUCAAGUAUAAAUAUUUAGACAUCGUAGACUAUCUCUUAAACAACGGAGCUGACCCAACUAUCAAAACCGAUAGUGGCGAUAACGUCCUAAUUCUAGCUCUAGAACACAAACUUUGGGACGAACAAUCCAUGAUCAACCUUUGGAAGUCCGUCAAAAAGAUCAGUUUCAUCGAUGUUAACUUUACCAAUAAGAACGGUCACAAUAUGCUCCAUAUGUGUGUACGAAGGGACUGGGAACAGCUCUUAAAACUCCUAUUGACUGAAAAGCCUGACAUAGAUGCGGGAAACUCGAACGGGGUUACACCACUAAUGUUGGCUUGUUUUCGAAACAAUAUCACUAUUAUCACAAUCCUAAUCAAUGCGGGUGCUGAUAUACUAAAAGAGGACAAUCACGGGAGGAUGACCCUGUGUUACGCCAUUUCUUCUUGUAUGAAAGUGAACAAGCCGCCAUUUUUAGCCACCGAAAAAAUCAUAACUGAAUUGAAAAAGAAAUCAUCAUUGGAAAAUUAUUUGCACCGCCGAGUCGAAUUGAUAAUUGCAACAGCAAAGAGAUCGGAAAUCUCGUGCGCAACAGCAGAGAUGCUAAUCAAGAUUGUUCAGUUCGCAGUCCACUAUAUGGAAGAAGGAAUUUCAAUAUUUUUGGGAUGUGACAUAUUUGCACAAUUAUUAGAAAUUAUCACAUCAAGGUUGGAUAAUAGUGCCAUCGUCAAAUUUCUCCUCGAGGUGUGCGAGGAGAUUCUUUUUUACAACGAACAAUGUGUCGGGUACAAAGUCGAGUUGAGUAAUAAACUGGUUGAAGGUUUCUACGAAAGCGGUCUGGUAGACAUUGUCUUGGAAGUUCUGCGAAAACAAAAUGAAGAAGCCAAAAUUGCGUUCAAUGUUCUGAUUUUGGGGUUCACCAAUAAUGAACGGUGGGAAAAAAACAUGAAAAAGAAUACGGACGUCCUUUUGCCACUACUAAAUGACUAUCAAAAUAUAAAUGAAGAUGAAAAUCGUGCAAAAAUUUUGAAGAAUAAGAAACGAAAAUUGAAAAAAGUCUUCGAGAGUGUGGAUGUGGUGUCGCAACCUUCUGUUGAUACGACAGACAAAAAUUCAGAAGACAAGAAGAAGAGUGACAAUGGUGUCAACUUCUCGAAGAAGUCAAGAAGACGUUCCAAAGCAAUCAAGGCUAGACUUACAAAAAUGAAAAGUGCAGAACUAACGAAAAGACUAAACUUGAAUGGAAAGAAACUCAACCAAAGACCUUCAAAAGCGAAUUUGAACAACAAAAUCGGAUCCAAUGGAGAAAUAGAAUUUUUACUGAAACCGACAGACACGUUCGAAAGUCGCAAUCCGAUAGUUACCUCUCUUCGACACUUACUAGAAACUGAAAUAGAGACUUUUGAGAAAAAAAAAGUUGAACAAGAAAUUCACCCACAAUGGAAAAAAGAAAUCUUAUCAAUGUCUCGGAUCGAUAUUUCAAAGAACUUUCCUUUAGAUCAAGACAAACUAGCCAGUGCUGUUAACUAUCUAAAAGAGUCAACUUGUCAAAAAUAUAAUCUUAAUAUUAACCGUUCCAUGAAUAUCAUUAUAGAUUAUUUGAAACAACUCGUCCAAUUGAUAGUGAGAAAAUAUCGAGAGCAUUGGGAAAAUGAUAGAAUAUCCGGCAAUUGCACCUGUUUAGAUAUAAAUGAGCACGUCCCUUGGUUAUUCAAUCAACAUUUGAGAAACCUAGAAUCACGUGAAAAGCGAAUGAUUCAAGAGUUACAAAAAAACUUCGAUCAAUUGAUCAAGUCUGUGAAAGAGUUAGCCCACAAAGACGUGUCUCAAUGUCUCAAAGCCCUCAACGAGAUCGAAUCGACGAUCCUCAAUUACGAAAUCCGGGGAAUCAAAAUGCUGUCUUAUGUUAUCGGUAUGGAAACGUUUACUCUGAAAUACAAAACAACGAAUCCGAAAGUGGACAAUAAUUUCGUGCUAAAACACGUGCAAAACGUGGUCAAUAACCACGAAGAGGCACGAAGAGACAUCGAAUUCGAAGUAAUAGACGAAGUCGAUGACGUUUCAUUCGUCGAAUCGUACAAAUCAGAAACCCCGAUUGAACUUUUUUUCCGGGAACUGUCCCAAGUCGGAGAACCCGACCCAAAAAACAAACGUAAAGAAAUCGAAGCGAAAUUGAACACAAUCGCUAACGGGUUUCACUUAAUCAACUCAAUAAUGGCGCUUUGUGAUGACGACUUAAGUCAGCAAAAACUUUACAAAAUAGCUGAUCUGAUGUAUCCACUUCGCGGCACUUACCCGAAGCCCCAGUCCUACUCUGAGAUUUCCGAAUAUAUGCCAAAACGGCUUAAAUCACAAAUUUCCAGCUUGCAGAACUGCGAUUCUUUUCAGAAGCUGCUAGGAGGGGAAAUCCGUAUCGCCACUAAGGAGCAAAGAGUAAACUAUAUUAUUUCAGCUGGGGUUAACUUUACAGCCGUCGAGCUGGGGUUGGAUAUAAACAACCAACCCUUGGCUGUAAAAAGGAUCCCACGGGAGAGUUGGGUGGGGAAAAUGGUCAAAACUUUGGCCGAAUCUUUGCUAGGUUUGAUUGAUAAUCAUGUUUUGCACUAUUUCGCGUGUGAAUACGAAGGGAAUGAGUUGAUUCUGGCCACACCAUUGUGCAAAUGGACGAUGGGCCAAUACAUCCAACUUUUAAGACACAGCAUCGUGUGCACGGUGCCCAAUUUGACUGGUCUUCAGCUUGUUAAGCAGUUUUUGACCGGUUUGAUGGUCUUACACAAGUGCGAAAUACCCAUAAUACAUGGUAAUCUCAAACCGUCAAAUAUUUUUAUUGAUUUUAACGGUUUGGUGAAAAUUGCCGAGUUUGGAAUACACAAAGCUUUAUACAAGAUUAUAGAAGCGCCCAAAAGUUCAUUAAUUUGGUUCGCAAAAGAAACUUUAGAGAUUUACAAGAAUAGUUCAAUCGUUGAUUGUACGCUAAAAUCGGACAUACAAGUGGCCGGAAUGCUCAUUUAUUAUAUGUUAUCAUACGGGAAGCACCCUUUUGGUUGUGACACUGACGAGAUUUUGAAAAACAUACAAGGGGGAAUACUUCAGCUUAACAUGAAAAACCUUGAUAUGAAAGACCUCCUAUUGUGGAUGAUGUCAAAUGAUAUUAACGAACGACCCAAUAUUGAGCAGGUUUUAGCACACCCAUUUUUUUGGUCACCGGUCCAGAAAUGGAGUUUUAUUCUUUGUUGCUCCGGGAUUAACAACACUGGUUACAUUCUGCCGCUCAACAUUGAUAAACUUCACAGAAGCAUCGAUGGUUACGCCAAUUUUUAUAUCAAAUUAGAAUGGCAUGAUAUAAUAGCAACCAAAUUCCCCAAUGUGGUAAUCACUGAAUAUAACAAUGUUGUCGGACUGUUAAAUUUCAUCAAAAACUGUCACGACAACCAGGAAGAACGUGAACUGACAGAUUCAGAGUUGAGUUGCGCGAUUUUAUCUUUGUUUCCGACGCUUCCCGUGGCUCUUUACAGGGCGUUGCAGAACACAAACUGGUUCAGACAUCCAGUUUUUAUUCCUUUUUGUCAAUUAUUUUGAUUGAUUUUAUUUAUACUUUCCAUUGUGAUAUUUUUUUUAAAUAAAACACGCGUUUGUAUUAA